GGGUUAACUUUUUUGAGCUUUUCUUUUUUUUCAAACCCAACCGUUUGUUUUGCAAGAAAAACAAGCUCGGGUAUUCCCCUCAUUGCUAUGUAUUCCCCGAAUUUCUAUGUAAAAAAUUAUAGUCGGUGUCGCGAGGUACAUACAUACAUACAUAGUGUGUCAUGAGCGUUUAAACUUGCGAGUUGUUUAUGGUUAGUGUGUUAAAAAAUGCCAACAAAGCAGAGAAAAUCAUUGCAAAUCAGAUUAAAUUUGCAUCAAAAAGCUGAGAUUUUAAGAAAACUCGAUGAAGGUAUUCAUGGAAAUCGAUUGGCGUUGGAUUAUAAUGUAUCUAAGGCGGCCAUCUCAAAAAUAAAGAAAAAACGUCAUGAAAUUUUGGAGGCAGUGGCAAACACACAUGAAGUUGCAACCAAGAAAACUUUACAUAAAUCGGAAUAUCCCGUUCUUGAGGCAAGGUUGUAUAAAUGGUUCUUAAGCCAAAGACAGCGUAAUUGUGCAAUGAGUGGUCCAAUUUUAAAGGCAAGAGCCAAGCUCGAAUUUGCCAAAUUGCACACAGGAAAACAAUUUCAUGCAAGUGAUGGAUGGCUUGCAAAUUUCAAGAAAAGAUUCGGUAUUCGCCACUUAAAAAUUUGUGGGGAAAUCCUCUCAAGCGACAAGUCAGGAAUAACACCGCUCAUUCAUAAUUUGCGGGCAAAAAUGGAUGAAAUGGAAAUUUCGGACAUGCAGCUUUAUAACACAGAUGAAUCUGGAUUAUUUUAUCGUUUCCUGCCCGAUAAAACAUUUGUCGCGGCAAACGAAAAGACGGCACCUGGCCGAAAAAUAGCAAAGGAUAGAAUCACAUAUAUGUUGUGUGCGAACGCAGAUGGUUCGCAUAAGUUGAAACCAUUGAUAAUUGGUAAAUCCGCAAACCCCCGUUGCUUCAAGGGGUUUGAAAACCCAUUGGAAUAUGAUAACUCGCAAAAGUCUUGGAUGAAUUCAGAGCUAUUCUUCCGCUGGUUCCAUCAUUCCUUUAUUAAGCAGGUAAAUUUAUUUUUUCUAUCCUUUAAAAUUUUUAAGUGUGCUAAAACAUUUGUCAGGUUCGCAAAUUUUCUGCUGAAAAUAAUUUACCACCAAGGGCACUAUUGCUGA